AUCCCCACCACCACCGUCCUCAUCUCCUCCUCGAGCCCCUCCCCCCCUCCUCCGCAUCUCGCCACCAACCUCCCACCCGAUCCCCAACCCCAUGAUCCGCAGGAGGCGCGGGCACGCCGCCUAGGGUUUCCACUCCCCUUCCCCCCGAUGGAGUCGCUGCCGCGGAAGCGCAAGGGCGCGCGCUCCCUCGCCGGCUCCCUCCACGACGCCUCCGCGGACCGCAAGCGGACCUGCCGGGAGCGGAAGCCGCGCCCCGACAAGAAGAAAAAGAAGCCCUCCGCCGCCGGCGAUGACGCCGCCACCGCCUCCGGCCGGGGCGGCGUGGUCAUGACGGCGCCGCCGGCCAGCGGCCGGGCCACCCCGGACAGCCCCGGCCGGGGCCUCAAGCGCAAGGUCGGCUGCAUCGAGUCCGCCACGCGCAUAGGCCGCAAGAAGCGCCUCGAGACCGAGUACGAGCUCGGCGACGAGAUCGGCCAGGGCAAGUUCGGCUCCGUCCGGAUCUGCCGCGCCAAGGCCGGCGGCGAGGAGUUCGCCUGCAAGGCGCUCCCCAAGAACGGCGAGGAGACGGUCCACCGCGAGGUCGAGAUCAUGCAGCACCUCUCCGGCCACCCCGGCGUCGUCACGCUCAAGGCCGUCUUCGAGGACGCCGACAAGUUCUACCUCGUCAUGGAGCUCUGCAGCGGCGGCCGCUUGCUCGACGAGAUGGCCAGGGACGGCACCUUCUCCGAGCAGCGAGCCGCCCUCGUCAUCAAGGAUCUAAUGUCGGUCGUCAAGUACUGCCACGAAAUGGGCGUCAUCCACAGGGACAUUAAGCCGGAGAAUAUUUUGCUCACCAAGACUGGCAAGAUGAAACUAGCUGAUUUUGGAUUGGCAGCACGAGUUACUAACGGUCAGAAAUUGUCUGGCGUUGCUGGGAGCCCAGCCUAUGUGGCGCCUGAGGUGUUGUCAGGAAGCUAUUCUGAGAAAGUAGACAUAUGGGGUGCUGGGGUGCUCCUCCAUGUACUACUGCUUGGUUCACUUCCAUUUCAAGGGGGCUCUCUGGAAGCUGUCUUUGAAGCUAUAAAGACAGUUGAGCUUGAUUUCAACAGCGGUCCAUGGGAAUCAAUGUCAGUUCUUGGACGGGAUCUUAUAAGUCGAAUGUUGGAUCGAGAUGUCUCUUCUAGAAUGACUGCUGAUCAAGUUCUUUGUCAUCCAUGGGUGUUGUUUUACACGGAAUGUACCCUGAAGGCUGUAACUCCUAAUGUCACUAACCAGAUUGUAGCACCCAAAAUUCCAUGGGACAGAAUUAGAUCACAUUCUGAGUCGUCAGCUUCAGAUUCGUCGAGCCAGAGGUCGGAGGACCAGGAUGAAUGUGGCAUAGUCGACGCACUGACUGCGGCAAUAACACAUGUUAGAAUAUCGGAGCCGAAAAGGACCCGGCUUUGCAGCCCUGGCAUUCCCAUACAGCAGGAAUGCUCCUCAAACUUAAAGAGCAACCUGUGCACGGCGUUCUGACAUGACCCCAAUGUAUAGCUCCUUGUGUGUUGGUCUGAUGUCAGUGAUGGCUCAGCCUGCUGGUUGUCUCUGCUGAGGAUAAUAACUCGGGUUUUCCUGUCAGAGCAAGCAAGCGUUUGACAUGGUGAUGCUGUAGAUUGCGGUGAUGGCUGAUGAACCCGACAUGGUAGCUGAUGCUGUAAAUUUUGUAAAUAGAAUGAUCCAUGUAGCUAAUUUAUAUCUUGACAGAGUUCAGAAUAAUUCAGUCUAUGCUGGUAAACAUAGUGUGCGACAUCAUCCUUGUUCCAUUCUUUGUUUCUUCCGGUUCCUCCUAGUAUUGAGAUCAGAUUUUUGCAUGGA